CGCCCCCCGUGACCCCUGCCUUUCCUCUCCUUGUCCUCGUUGUCGACUAUCCUGGUGGUGCUCCCCUUCGCCAUUCUUCAUCUCUGCUAGUCUUUUCCGCCUCCCCCGUCUUCUUCAUCGCCCGCAUCGCACCUUAAUUCCUUGUCUUCUCGCCCUCACGAGCUGAAAACCGAUCCUUGGCUUGCACUAGCGGCACCGCCCUUCUCAUCGUUUUUAUUAGCACAGUUUAUUCUCCUUGAUUUGCUGUGAUCGGGAUGUGCUCUUUCCAACGACCCAAGAAAUCCGGGCCCACUUGCUCUCAUGGAACUUGCGCACUAGUCGGAUUCUGCAUAAAGGAAAGGCAGCAUGCACAACAAGCUGCCAGCAUUGGCCAUUCUUCAUUGUCGGGUGAACACGCGCAGGAUUCCUCGUUCGCUGUUCAGGUUCCUCUUGCAACAAGUCACAUAGACGCAUCGUUCCACACCUCUGCCGCACUUAUGACAUCUGCCCCGUCGGUUGUACUCGAGAAGGAGAUGAAGAAAAUGGAAUUGCACUCCGUGAGUGAGGAACAUCUGAUUUGCGAUGAUCUUGAACCUCCUUCGCAUCUGCUGGAUGCUUGUGGGCCUGCCGGGGCGACAGUUAUGUUUCCGAUGAACAACAUAGCAGUCGAAGUGAUGGAGAAGCAAGAACGGCCUGAAGAAGUGAACUGCUGACUAGCAGGAGAACAGUUGCAGCGACGUGGUGAUGAGCUUGUGUGAAACAUGAUGUUGAUUGUACAUAGAGAUUAGAACAUGUUCAUUUAGAAUGAUCAGGCUGAAUGUACAUACUUUCCGAGGGCUAAACAAUAAACUUCAAUUAGACCAG